GCAACAGACGGCAACGGGACUAAGCCAAGUGAAUUAAAUGGAAAAGAGCUAAGAGAGCUAGGGAUGAAGUUAAAACUUCCAAAGUUACGAAUGAUAGGCAAAGCAAUAGAAAAUAUUGAAGUAAAAAUAGAAAGUGGUAUAGAGAAACUUGAGAACGAAACUGCACAAAAAAUAUGCGAUCUAAAUCCUUGUUUACCGUGGUCAGACUGGAGUAAGUGUAGUUCUAACAUUCAUAUUUUUGGAUCAAAAUUCCGAACAAGACAAUGCAGUCUUGACUUAUCUACAUGCAAAGUUGAUACCACUAAUAGUAAGAUAGAGAAACAGUUUGAAAUAUGUGGUGGAUUUUGUCCACUGAGUUACAAUAUUACGAAAAAUGGGUUCUGUUUGAAAUUGUUCAGUGACAAAGGACGAAAUAAGGAGGCAGCAGAACUGAAGUGCCAAGAGGACAAUGGGCACUUAAUAAAUAUUGAUUCUGAAAUCAAAUACGAGGAUGUCGGGAGCCUUAUGGAAGGGUUUGGGACAUCUGUAUGGAUAGACGGGUAUAGGAAAGAUGUUAGUUCUCACUGGACGUAUACGUACGGUUAUCAGAAAGGAUUCUUCAAGUGGUAUACUGGUCAACCAAGUAAUUCAUCUUCUGAACUGUGCUUAAGUGUUCACAAAUAUAGUGCUAUACAAUGGAGGGACAGUAGCUGUAAUAAUCAGUAUUACAGCAUUUGUGAAGUCAUUUCCUCGUUGACCUAAACAAAGCGAUGUAUUGUGUCAGAUGUACCAAUUGUUUUUCAAAUAUUUGAACAAUAAAAGUGAAUUUAGUUCAUAUUGAAUUUCAUUUUUUUAAAUAAGAAUGAAACUUUUUUUUUGUUA